AUGACUAGGAUCAGAAUCUCUGGCUGGGUCCGGACACCUCUGGAGGUGCAUGGUUCUCUGGCUGGGUCCAAAGGGGGUGUUUUGAAUUGUGCAGCUCCAGAGGUGCACGUCUCCGGCGGUGUCCCCAACAUGUACAUGGAGAUGAGAGACCUUGGAUGCGGUUUCUGGACUCUUGGGUGUGUUCCUGUGAGCCUCAUGAAGUCUCCCGCCAAGUCAACACAGUUGGGAGGACCAACGGCUGCAGGCUGCACCACAUUGGACUUGGCCCAUUGUGUGUAUUGUUGUGUCUGGGUCAUUGCUUUGUGGUCCCAAAUCUCCAAGCUUUCUACUGUACUGCAGAAACUGUGUACAACUGCAUUACAAAUGGUAGUACAAACUGUAGUACCACCAGCACUUGGCAUUACCAUUGCAAUACAGAUGGUAAUGCACUAA